AUGGAGGAAGAUGGUGAAGAGACACCUAGAACCCCAUUUUGGAUACAAAGCACCACCAAUGUCCGCCGUGCUGAGCUUUACCGCCGCCGUGCCUCCUCUCUCUUUUUCAACUCCGGUGUCCUCAUCAUCCUCUUGCUCGUAUUUGCAAUUCUUUCCAUGGUAUUCAUAAUCCCAUCAGUUAUUUCAUUCACAUCUCAGAUUUUUAGACCAAAUUUAGUUAAAAGGAGUUGGGAUUCAAUUAAUUUGGUGUUGGUUUUAGUUGCGUUGGCAUUUGGGUUUCUUAGUAGAAACAUCAAUAAUGAUCAAAAAUUUGGAUUUGAUCGGAGUAGAUCGGAUUUAUCCACCGGAGCUCUUGUUGCAACUCCGUCGAGCUCAACCCCACAUCAAUGGUAUGAGUUUCCGGAUCAACCGAUCACUGGGCUAAGAAGGCAUAGGAGUACUAGUUCUUACCCUGAUCUACGGGAGCUAUCGCCGCCGUGGAACCACCGUGUGGAAGCUCCUUGGCGAUUCUCCGAUGAUACACAUUUGAACAGUCACCGGGUUUUGAACUAUGAUCGAUAUUAUUUCCGGCGAGAACAAGAUUCAGAUACUAAGGAGGUUCAUGUUGAUACGGUGGUGGACCUUCCUAAAGAAGAUUCAUAUGUUCCGCCGCCGCCGCCACAACCACCGAUUCCCGAAGAAGAGUCGUAUCCUCCGUCGCUACAGCCGCAAGCUCCUGAAGACGAAUCGUACUCUCGGCCGUCACAACCGCCAGCUCCUGAAGAUGAAUCAUAUUCUCCGCCGCCACAGCUGCCUUCUCCACAAUCUCUGCCUCCGCAGCCACCGGCUCCUAGGCCUAGUGCUGCAAAAAAGAAGCCAAUCAGAAGAUAUCAUAAUGUUGCUGCAGACGACGGUGAAAUAAGUAGCAGGUCGGAGGUUAAUGAAGUAUUGCCGGAAACAGAGCCGCCGGUAUUUCAAGAUUCCGAGCGAAGGGGAGAACCUAGUAGAAAAAGAGGUAAAGGAGAGAGAAGAAGGGCAAGAAGCUCAGAACCCAGAAAACUGGCGUCGCCAAUUGACGAUCCGGCACCAGAAUCACCAUCUCCCCCGCGGAUCUUGCCGGAAUUUCAAGACCCCGAGCGAAAUACGGGCGGGGUGGAACGGAAAAGGACCGGUGGGAAUGCAACUAAACGAUUCUUCACAUCGUUCUACCAAAAAAAGAAGAAAAGGCAAAGGCAAAGAAGCAUGGACAAUUUAGACACUCUUUUACGCCAUAGUCAACCACCUGUAAACUUUCAUCUACCACCGCCGCCUCCUCCGCCGCCACCUCCACCUCCACCUUCUUCAGUUCUCAACAACUUAUUUACAUCUAAAAAAGAAAGACGAAAGAAGAACGCAUCAUCAAUACCUCCUUCUCCUCCUCCUCCGCCGCCGCCACGUACAGCGGCGCGUGCUCCAAAACCAAACAUAACCCGGGUGUCGCCAUUCAUAACAGAGAAACCUCGAGUACCAGUAAAGAUGCAUUUUUUGAACGGCAUUGAUGAUAGCUCAAGCGGCGGAGAAUCUCCAAUGAAUCGAAUUCCUCCUCCACCACCAAUGCCGCCGUUUAAGAUGCCGGAUUGGAAGUUUCCGGUGGAAGGUGAUUAUGUUAGAGUACAGAGCACAUUGAGCUCGGGUAGUGUGUCUCCUGACGGAGAUGAUGCCCAUUCGCCGUCAUCCGCCGCUCCAUCGCCGUUGUUUUGCCCGAGCCCUGACGUUGACACGAAAGCUGAUACUUUUAUUGCAAGGUUUCGGGCCGGGUUAAAGCUUGAGAAGAUCAAUUCUUUCAAUCAAAAUCAGGGCCUUAGAAUGUCGAAUCUUGGGCCAGGCCCAGGUCCAAGUAACCAUUAA